AUGGAUCAAAGUAAAAGGAAGAAUAAUGAUAAAGUCAAGACAUCAUUCGCUUCCAAUUCUGCACCAGCUGCCUUGCCAGCAAGACCACCUUUGUAUCAAAGAUCCAUUGUUGGCGCUAAAUCUCGCAUGGUACAAUUUUUUAAGGAUGGCGAUGAUACUUUUAGACCAGUUAAGAUGGCUAUAAAUAGUCAAAGAUAUCGCACAUUUGAUACCUUGUUGGAUGAUCUAAGUCAGAAAGUACCAUUACCUUUUGGUGUGAGAAAUAUUCAAACACCACUUGGUGUUCAUCACGUCUAUUCAACAACUCAGUUAGAAGAUGGCAAAAGCUACGUUUGUUCGUCUAAGAAACAAAUUAAACAGAUAGAAUAUUCAGAAACGAAACAACGUAAAGGAUGGAGUUAUACUACUGGACCCAAUGUAAAGCGACAAGAAAUAGGAGAACCGGUACCUGCAUGGACUAAAAAAAUCAGAGCAGUUGCUGUAGUGAAUACUUUAGUCCGAGACGUUCGCCCAAAAGUUAUUACUAUCUAUCGAAAUGGUGCUGCCGCACACAAUAAGGUGAAAAUCCUUUUUAACCCGCGAACGAUGCAAUCAUAUGAGGCCAUAGUAAAAGACAUGGCAAAUUCAUUGAAAGUUAAUGGGCGUCAACAUAAAUUAUAUACCGUUGAGGGUAAAUUGGUUUCUGGAAUAUCCGAUCUAAUACACGGCCCGCCUGAGUAUAUAUUAUGCGGAGAAGAAGCACUCGUACCAUUAGCGACAGUAGCAUCAGUAGCGCCUCCGCAACCAAGCACAGUUCGUAAGCGAAAGCAGCAAAGGAAUAAGAGAGCAAAGAAAGAGCAAGUCAUUGUCAUGAGUGAUUCUGAUUCAUCUCCUGAAGUUCGUGAGCAACAUAAUCCACAGCAACGACAACACCAAAAGCAACGACAACAACAUCACCAACAACGACAACUAGAAGAGGAAAAGCAACAGCAACAACCACAACUACGUCAACAAGCUCGGCCCCAGCAACAUCCACGAAAGACGGUAGAUAAGCCACCGCAAAAUGUUAAUAAUACAGAUCUGGUAGAAGAUGAGAAAAUAGAAGAACCUCCUGUUAAGAAAGGAUUUGUACUAAAGAAUCAAUGGGAAAUUUCCCUCGUAACAAAUGGCAAAAGGGCAUCAGGAACCAAUGCUCGAGUCUAUUUUUCUGUAUAUGGCGAUAAAGGGAGUCGUGGACCCUUUGAGAUUGGUUCCAGUUUUCCUUCUUCAAGUACCCAGAGUAAUUUGGUAUCAUUCAGGGAUGUUGGCAAAAUCUAUAAGAUACGUAUUGGUCAUUAUAGCAGUAAGAAAAGUGACAGCUGGCUAUUACAAAAUGUAAGGCUAAGAAAAAGAGACGAUUCCGAAGAUUUAUCGUUCAUUGCUAAUCGUUGGCUGUCAUGUUAUCACGAAGAUGGAAAUACUCAAAGGGAAUUUCCUGUUCUCAGACCUAAUCAGAAGAUAAUACCUCUUAUAAAAUAUUGGCUUACGGUCUAUACUGGAGAAUUUAGUGGUGCCGGUACUUCUUCUGAAGUUUAUGUCAUUAUUAAUGGAGAAAGAGGAGACACAGGAAAGCGAUAUCUACGUUCCUUGAAGGGUAAAGAUCGUAAACCUUUCCAACACGGAAAAAUAAGUUCUUUUUGCGUUGAAGCUGUCUCGUUGAAAACUAUUCAAAAUAUGGUUGUUGGAGUUGAAAAUCGACAUGAUGCAGAAGAUGCUGCAUGGUAUCUGCAGAAAGUUAUCCUCAAAACAGGCAGUGAUCGCGAUGCUAAUCAACUUGUAUUCUAUUGCAGAGAAUGGUUAGAUCCAAGCGAUAAGUCAGAAAGGACCUUGUUGCCAGAUUCGGACGUAACAAAUGGUUCAAGACUAUCUGCCACAAUGGACUGUGAAAUGAGUAAAUUAAAAGAAGGCAAUCACGUAAUACUGUAUUCUAAAGCUAGCCGUAAGGCACUACGUGUUGUAAAUAAUCAAGGCUUGGAUGGAAAUGGUGAUGAUAAAGAUAAUAGCAAUACCUUUGAAAUUAUUAAAAUUGAAGACGAUACUGUAGCAUUCAAGAAUUGCGUCAGUCAAACUUUCAUUGCUAUUAAAAAAGAAGGAAUCCUGUCAGGAAAUGGAAAAGGCAAUUCUGACUGCAUCUUUUCGGUAAGGAUUAAUGGCGAUUUAACAGCCUCGAUGGAAUCCAAAAAACUUGCUGAUCACCACGUCAUUAUAUCGAAUAACGGAAAAGCCAUGGAUCCUAAGUUACCUGCUUCUAGUGCUGCUGCACGCUUUUCAAUCUAUUUAAAAGGAAAGUUUCGAGAUGGCGGAAAAGUUAUGCUUGCUAGCUGUGCUGCUAAUCAAUUCUUGUCUAUUGACUCAAAUGGCAAUUUAUUAUGCUGUCCUAGCAAUGAGGAAGAAGCGAUAUUCAACGUCAUCAAGAUCGAUAAACAUAUUCGAGCAUUCCAGAGUGCAUCCAAUCCUGAUUACUAUAUCCGUAUGCAAGGAAGAACAGUUGAUGGAAAGGGUAGAGGUGAUCGUCCAUGCCAUUUUCGAAUUCGAAAAAAUUGCUUUGACGGAUACUUUGUACUUGAAUCUGUUAAAUAUAAUGGAAUGUGCUUAAGCGUUCAACCAGACAUGACUACAAUUGUACCUCAAGUUGAUGUUGGAGAUGAUAACGUCCAGUUUAGAGCAAAAGUAGUUGAAUUUGGUAUAAAAAGUUCAUCUGAUGACGAGCAACCGCAGAAUGAGAGUAGCGAUUCUAAGUUUCGUAACGACGUAGAAAAAAAGCAUUCGAUAGGUAUAAAUGGUAAUAAUAAUGAAGUAGUACAGCAGAACGGAAUCGAUGAACCUACUCUGGCUGCGAUUAUCCCUCAGCAAGAACCUGACUGGACUGUAUGGGUAUCCACAAUGGAUAAUGCUAUAGCUGGUACGAAUGCUAAAGUUACAUUAGAAGUUUGCGGGCAUGAGGGUCAGUCACAGCCAUUGCUGUUAGAUCCUUCUAUGGGAUUUUUUCAUCCAGGAAAUACUGAAAGAUUUGAGGUUUAUGUUGGGCCUGUCGGUAAAAUAUAUAAAAUUCGAAUUAGUCACGAUAACUCGACCGACGUUUCAGACUGGUUUUUAAAUAAGGUGAAAAUGCGCCAUAAAGAAACUAAAGAAGAACUUGUUUUUAUUUGUAAGCGGUGGUUAUCCAGAUCGCGUGAUGAUCAUGAUAUUACCCGAGAGCUACCAGUAGUUCGUGCUAAUCAAUCGGUUCUACCAGUUCGAACCUACAUGGUUAAAGUCUAUACCAGUGAUAUUUGGGGUGCCGAUACCGAUAAUGAAAUAUUAAUUAAUAUUUUUGGCAAGCUUGGCGAUACUGGUCUAAGAGAAUUAUACUAUUCUUCUAAUAAUGAAGAAAAAUUUCAUCGUGCAAAUAUGGAUUUAUUCAGCAUCGACGCAGUUCAGCUAGGGCAAUUGAUUAAAAUUAAAAUUGGCCAUAAUAAUUUGAAUAGAGGUGAAGGUUGGCACCUUGAUAAAGUCGUUAUUCAUGAAAAGAGUAAGCCAGAGUUAGAGUACUGUUUCCCAUGUCAAAGAACAAGUUAUGCUUAUUUACACAUAUUAGAUAGUAACUUAGCACCGAUGGUUAAAAUGCGUUCGUCUUCAGAUCAACUGAUUCCCGUAGAAAAUGGAAAGAAAAACUAUACUCCAGAACCUCAAUCGCCUGACUCAGAUUCAAAAUCUGUAUUAGAAGAAAACCAGAAUGCCGAAGGCAAUGAAAAAAUAGCAAAGAGCCCUGACAAUAAAUCUGUAGAUCAGGCUGAUGCCGUCAAUUCUCCAGAGCAAUCAAACCCAGCACAAGGAUUAGAAAAUGAUGAUUGGCAAAUAACUAUAGCUACAAGUGAUAAAGAGGAUGCCGGAACUGACACCCAAGUUACAUUGGUAGUUUAUGGUGAUGAGGGUAUUUCAACUGAUAUUACUCUUGAUCAAUCUGGAGAGCACUUUCAACCUGGGGAUAUUCAUCAAUUUCAGGUAUCCCUCGGUCCAAUUGGCCGAAUUUACAAAGUCCGACUCAGUCAUAACAAUCAAGGCAAGCAUACAAGUUGGCAUGUUGAUCGAUUAAAGAUGAGACAUAUCACUACGCAUGAAACCCUUAUGUUUAAGUUUAACCGCUGGCUGUCUCGGGAUAAGGAUGAUGGAGAUAUUACACGAGAACUUCCAGCUCUUCGACCUAAUGAAAUUCCACUGCCAGUUAUACGCUAUCACGUUUAUGUCUCGACCGGAGAUGUCAUAUGUGGCGGUACUGAUACCCGUGUCUAUUUGACUAUUAUUGGUCAGCGUGGAGAUUCAGGUCGACGUGAAUUAUUUUACUCUCACAAUCAUGCUAAUAAAUUCGAACAAGGCCAAACAGAUGUAUUUAUUAUCGAAGCUGUAUCACUUAAUGACUUAACUUCGAUAAAAAUUGGUCAUACAGAACAUGGUGCAGUUAUCGGAAUGUAUAAGAAAUUAUUUCCGCCAAAUGCAUCUUUUUACUUCAAUACGAUUUUAGGAGCUGGCUGGUUUUUAGCUAAAGUCCUAAUAACGGAAGGAGAUGAUAAAAAUGCGAAGAAUUAUGAGUUUCCUUGUCAUCGAUGGUUAGAUGAAGGACAAGAUGAUGGAAAAAUUGAAAGAGAAUUGUAUGUUCAAGAACCAAGCAAAGAUGCAAUCAAAGAAAUUACUGAUCAAAACGGGGCAAGAGAUGAUUUAACACCAGAUGAACCGAUAGAAGAAACCCCUCCUGAACCUGUCAAAGAGGGUGAUUGGGAAAUCAAAGUUAAAACAAGCGAUAUGCCAUCGGCUGGAAGCUACGCUAACGUCUAUUUGGUUGCAUACGGUUUAAACGGCAAAUCUCAAGUAGAUUUUGAUAACGACCAAGAUCAUUUCACUCCUAAUCAGUUAUCGUCAUUCAAGGUUCAUCUUGAAGACAUUGGAGAAUUGUAUAAAAUAAGAAUUGGGCAUGAUGGAGUCCUCGAAGAACAAAGCUGGCAUCUGGAAUUUGUUCAAAUGAUUAAUCUUUUUACUCAAGAAACUUACAAUUUUCAUUUCGAUCGAUGGCUGUCACGAUAUGCCGAUGAUAGUGAUACUUGUCGUGAACUAUCAGUGCAGAUAGAUGAUCAGUUUAAACUUCCAAAUGUUAUCUAUAGAAUUACCGUCUAUACCGAUAAGGGACUGAUCGGUAAAAAACAAGUAUGGAUUAAUCUCUAUGGGCAACAUGGAGAUUGUGGUCAUCGUUUGUUACUACUUUCUGAACACGAAGCUAAGUUUAGAAGAAACCAGGUUGACACAUUUACUAUUGAAGCUACAUCUUUAGGUCAAUUAGACAAGUUGCAAAUGGGCAUAAAAAAUUCUGAUAAAGAGGAUAUAAAAUCUCACUUUAGAAAGGUUGUAGUUACAACCUUAACGAAGAUAAAUGACCAAUUGGAAGAAGUCACUUUUGGAUAUAAAAAGUCUUCCUAUACUACUGGUCCGGAGGCGUACCUAUAUCCAAACAGGGAAUGGUUACUGUCCAUAAAGACUGGAGAUUUUUCAUCCUCUUACUCAAAUACGCAAGUUGCAGUUAUAGCUUACGGUUCUAAUUCGAAUUCAGGCAUAAUUCCUUUAGGACAUGGAGCCAGUUCACUAUUCCAUCCCAAUAAAGAAGUCAAAUUUAAGAUCCCAUUAGGCUAUCUGGAGGAUAUAUAUAAAAUUCGAAUUGGCCAAGCAGAGUUAUCAAGUGAAUGCAGUUGGUAUCUUCAGGCGCUAACAUUAACCAAUUUAUGUACAGAAGAAGAAUAUGUUAUCAAGGCUGAGAGCUGGCUAUCUCACUAUCAAGGCACUGGUGAAACAUGGAUUGAAUUAGCAACAGCAGAGAUUCAAUCAAACUUAUUGCCCGUUUUACCUUAUGUAAUUGAAUUACAUACAAAUGAAGUACCGACAUCGUUUUCCGAAACACGAUUAUAUGUAACAUUGUAUGGAGAAAGAGGAGAUAGCGGACCUAGGGUAUUGGCAAAGUUAGCAGAGCCAUGGACACAGUUAAAAUCUAAUUAUGCGAACGAAUUUACUAUUCAUGCGGUCGACUUAAGUCAAUUAAAAAUGUUAAAACUGGAAUAUGGCGAGUCGUUAAAUGCUCCGGCUUGGUUCAUCGACAAAGUAGUAGUAAAAUUUGGUGAUACAAAUAAUAGAACAGUUGUAUUGAAGAGCAAAAUUAAUCUAGACCCUCAUUCCUCCAGUAAAAAAUAUUAUCCGGAAGGCGACUGGCUGAUUAAGAUUAGAACAAGUGAAAUAAGGAAUGCAGGAACGCAAGCUAAUAUCGAGCUCAUUUGUUAUGGAUCAGAAUGUGUAACGGACAAAAUAUCUUUAAAUAAUUUUAAAAAUAAUGCAUUUUCAGCUGGAAAGCUAACGCAAUAUAAGAACUAUCUUGGAAGUAUUGGGAGACCUUAUAAAGUACGGGUUAGCCACGACGGCCAAAAUAAGAAUGAUGGGUGGCAUCUUGAUUAUAUUAAAUUGUUCAACGUAUGUACGGAGGAAGAGUUUGAAUUUAAGUCAAAUCGAUGGAUAUCAAAGUAUGAAGACAAUGGCGAAAUUAUUCGUGAAUUACCAGUUUCUCACGAAGAUGACUUAUACACAAACACAACAUAUUUUAUACAAGCACAUUUCCGUGAAGGGUUCGCUAUUGAACAUCUUUCAAGUUGUGUUAUAACUGUUUAUGGAGAUAACAGUGAUAGUGGAGAAAGGGAACUAAUUAGAUCUUUAUCGAAUUCACCAAAAACGAUUGGCGAUAAUGUUACCGAAUUUACUAUUGAAGCAGUCGCUCUAGGGUUAUUAGAUAAGGCCCACCUGUCUCUCACUAGCAGCAAUGAAAGUACUGAAUGGUCUUGGCCUAUCGAAAAACUUGUAUUGCGAGAUAGUAGAAAUCCUUACGAGGAAAAAACUUUUCUUUACAAAAUAUCCACAGAUAGCAGUCAUAAUUCUGUUUAUGAAAAGGAUUUCCAUCCAGAUGAUCAAUGGUUGUUAAAUCUUUGCGCAUUGAAGAUAUCGAAUUCAAAUUGUAUUUUAUGGCUUAAUUGCUAUGGAACUGAUGGCCAAUCGACCUUAGCGGAAAUUGGAAAACUACAAGAUUUACAAAUCGUAAAUAACGUAGCGAAAGAAAUACCGAUAAAGGUAAAGGAUAUAAGAAAUAUCUACAAAGUUCGACUGCAAACUAGUGAUGAUAUUGGUAGUCUACCUUUGCAAGUCCAAGCGUUGGAUUUGCUUCAUGUUAGUACCGGCAGAAAGUAUCAAUUUGCCGUUGACCAUCUAUCACAAUACCAAGAUCUCCAAGCUGAAUAUCUAUACCAAGAAUUACCUGCUAUUGAUCCUAGCAACGGAUCUCACUUAAACGUUGAAAUUUAUGAAGUUACAGUCUUUCUGAAAGAUCAAGAAUCUGCUUUAGAAUCAGAUCACCGGUUUAAUAUCCAAUUAUUCGGUAGUAAUGGUGAUCUGGGAGAGCGAAUUAUAUCCAAUCCUACCAUUGAUUCCAACAGCGUUGUACAGUUUAGAUUGCAAGCUGUUGAUUUAGGUAAUCUAACAAAGAUGUUCGUGACACAUUUAUCAAGCGAUCAUAAUGUAGUCUUGGCUAUAGAUAAAGCCGUAAUCAAAUUCGAUAAUAAGGAUAUCCUUUUCAAGCCUAGUUCGACUACCGAUAAAGAUGUAGAUUAUAGUCAUGAUUCUUCAAUGGUAGAACUGCGCCCAGAAGGUACUUGGAAUAUUUUAAUUAAGACCAGUGAUAUAGAAAAUGCAGGUACAACCGCUAACGUUUACCUAAAGUGUUAUGGAACUGAAGGUUGCUCAGAUUUAAUACCUUUAAUUGGAGUAUAUUUGCCUGGAGAGGACGUGGAAUUCCAAACUAAUUUAAGUUUUAUUGGUCAGUUGUAUAAAAUUCGUAUAUCACACGAUGGCUUAAAGGAAGAAGAUAGCUGGCAUUUACACAGCAUAGAAUUAACAAACUUAUCGACAUCACAACUAUAUUCAUUCUCCCAUGAAGGAUGGCUAUCUAAAUAUAAAGAAAAUGCAGAUGUCGCUUGUGAAUUAGCUGUUGUUAAUGAAGACAAAUCAUCUCUAUCAGUUAUUAAAUACGAUAUAACAUUAAUGGAACUAGAUGAUCGAUUCAACCUUAAUCAAAAUUGGUACUUGAUCAUUCAUGGAGAGCAAGGUGACUCUGAUAAUGAUGGUCGUAAAGGCUUAAGCUGUUUUGUCGAAGCAGUUACAUUACAGAAAGUGAAAAGGGUCACACUAAGUUGCACUAAAGCAACUACUGACGAUCAUGAAGAUAGUCAAGAUGAUAAUAGUGGUCUGCCUGUUCCAUGCAGAUACAUUAAUAUCAGUUGGUUAGAUGACUCCAGGAAACAAAUAUCGUUGAAACCCAAAUUUGAAGAAACAACGAUUAUAGAAAACGAUCAGCAGAUACAACAAUUUUACCCAGAAAGUGAUUGGAUAAUUCGCAUUUACACUAACGACUUGAUUUUAGACCAAAUAAGCAACUCAGAUGUUUCAAUCUUAUUAUACGGAGAUAUUAAAACUUCAGAACCGUUAGCUCUAGGAACUUUAAAUCCAUCAACAUUUAAAGCAGGCAAUGAAGCUGAAUUCCAGGUUAUAACUGGAAAUCUCGGAAAAGUAUAUAAAAUGCAAAUUUGUUGUGAUGCCAUUCAAUCGCAUUUUCAAUGGCACAUUCAUGGUGUAUCUCUUACUAAUAUAGCAACUAAUGAAGAAUCCAGAUAUGACAUGGAUUGUUGGCUAUCUAAUGUUCAACAUGCGUGUCAAGUUAUUGGUGAACUACCUGUAGGAUUUAAAGAAUCAGCGAAAAAUCUUCCCGCAGUCGUAGACUAUAUUAUUACUAUUUAUAUCUCAAAGAAUGCAAAUGCAGACAUUAUAGGUCAAAUGAAGUAUAUUACUAUAAUUGGUGACCAAGGUGACUCGGGUAAAAGACCCUUCAUACUCUGUGACGAAGAGGGAUUUGUCGCCUUGAAUAUAGAAAAAUCUCAACUCAUCGACUACAAAAAUCACCAAAUACGAUUCCAUCUCAAAGCUAUUGAUGUCGGCCAAUUAGACCGGAUUAAUAUUGAAUGUGAUGACGUGGAAGAUUUACAAUUAAAUAUCGAUAAAAUAUGCCUUACAAUAUCUGGUAAUAAUGACUUUAUUGAAACAUUGAGAAAGAAAAAAUCCGUCGAUCAUGAACGACAGCACGUCCAAACAUAUCUCAGAGAAGGAAUAUGCUUAAUAAAGACUGAGUUAAAUGACUUAAUAUCAGAGAGUCAAUCUCAACAGAAUUAUUCUAUAACAUGCUAUGGUGAUCAUGGCCGGUCGGAAAAGAUUGACCUGGAUGAGAACAAUCUAUUUAAGGAAUCUGAUAAAGAAUCUAUUUUCAGAAUAGAAACUGGCUACUUAGGAGAUUUAUUUAAAAUUCGCCUUGAUGGGCAAGACAAUGGGCAACUGAAGGCCAAUUACUGGCAACUAAAGACGUUUCAAAUUCAAAAUUUAGCUACCGAAGAUGAAUAUACGGCCAAUUUUAGCCAACCACCGCUGCAGCAAAUGUUUAGCGAAACUGAUGUCGUCCGAGAGGUAACAAUUGCUGUAGAUGACAAAGAUGACUAUCAAAUUAAACUAUAUGACAUUGCAAUUCAUGGCACUAUCCACCAAAAAGAUACUGAAAAGAGUGAGGCUGACCAAUUUAGCCUGGAGUAUCUUUAUUUGAAUAUUUUUGGAAAGAUUAGUGAUAGUGGUGAAAGGAAAAUCAUGAUCGGCAAUCACGAUAAUAAUGAUAAGGACACAGAUAUCUUAGGAGAAGAUAUGUUUAAAGCAGCAUCUAUUGGUGAAAUUGAUAAGGUAGUUUUACGUUUAAUGGAUUCUACAUCAUCUGAUAUACUAGCCAAUUGGCCCAUUACUAAGAUCACCAUUAAAGAAUUGGGAAAUGAAUCUCCGAUAAUACUCAAAAUUAAGGAAACAGAAGCCGAUAAUCCGUUUACAAGAGAAUUUCUUUGUGAAGACAGCAUUAUCAUUCAAACCAGUACAAAUAGUGUUUCUGGUACAGAAGCUAAAAUUAAGUUAGUUAUUUAUGGUAACAAUAGCAAGACUAAUGAAAUGCUGUUGCAAGAUGGAAAUCAUAGUGAUCUCUUUCAGCCAUCUCAAGUUGCUACAUUUAAACUUCAACUUCCUGAUAUUGGUGCUCUGUAUAAGAUACGUUUAACGCACGAUAGUCAAAAUAAAAAUGACGGAUGGUUACCAGAAAAAGUUACAAUUAAGGUGCAACAUAAGGAAUAUGUCUUUAGCUGUAAUCGUUGGCUGUCAUCCGUUGAGGAUGAUGGUGAAAUUAUCCGCGAGUUUGCCGUUGAUAGUCCUAAUGGAGAUCCACUGCCAGCCGUUCGAUACCAAAUUAAGCUGCCAAUCGAAAUUGAUCCAAUACUGGACGACAGACUACUCUUUAAUUUAACGGGUGAUCACGGCGAUACCGGUGACCGAAUAUUAAAAAAACGUAAGAGUGACAUUGCCAACGAUCAGUACGAGUACAUAAUUGAAGCUAUAUCCUUACGUUCCUUGAAGGUCUUAACUGUUAUGUGUGAUAGCAAAAUUAAAUUACCUUUCAAAUCAGUGGUAGUUUUGGACGAUAAUCAUAAACCCAUAACAUUCACUCUUCAAAGUAGCUCUCAAGAUCAAUCAAGUAGUAGAAGGGGAAGUGAAGGAGAUUUAAAUAAUAAUAAUAAUGAUGAUAAGAGCCCUCAACAAUCCAUAUCGAAUGACGAUAAUAUUAAUAAUAAUGAAGAAAAAUUAAACAACAAUCAAGCUGAUCAUGACGGUUCAAAAUUAAAGGAAAGUGACCAAAAUGAUGUAAUAAAUGCAAACGAAGAUAAUUUGAAACAUGAUCGUAGCGACUCAAUAAAAGAUAAUGAAAGAAAUUACGUCUCAUAUGAAUUCCAUCCUAAAGAUAUUUCAGACAGCGAAAACGAUGGAAGCGAUAAUGAUUCUGACGAAAUUCGAAAUCAAUUGCUGGGUAUAGGAAAGAAAUUAUGCACAUUAGAAGGAAAUCGAAUCCUUAGUCAAGAUCUGAAAACGUAUUUCAUGAAAGUAUCAAUAAAUGCUGAUGUUAUGCAGAAAAUAGAAACAGCUUUGGAUCUGUCCAGUGACUAUCUCGAACUGCAAAAGUUCGUUGAUGUGAUGCAGAAACAUUGCGAAGAAUCUCAAAUCGACGUAAAGUCACUAGAUGUUCUAUAG